GUCUUUUGGGUUACAAGUACAAAAGAGCUGAACUUAAUGUGCUCCAAAUUUAGCCCAACACUAUUUAUUUUUUUUUGAACGGCAAGGAACGACGUGUCAACCACCGUGACACCAAGCGCUGUGGCCAAGUUCGACUACUCGAUCGCUGCCAGCCCCUUGGCUAUCCCAGAUGCGCGGAAACCCGACCUUUACCAGCCCGAAGGCACGACAGUGGAAUAAUCAGUAAAACUUCGUCUUCCAUUCAAGACGAACCGACAUCAUUCGUAUUCGCACUUUACAUAGAUACCGCAAAAAAUAACGAGAAGAAGAGUGAUCACAAGAAACACUAAAAUUUUUCUAUAGCAACUCCACCACUGCUAGCUCAUUGGCUGCCCAACACUAUUAACCCUAAACCCCCAAAUCUUCAUUUCCCCCUUUUCCAAUCUCUUUGCGCCUCUCCAUCAAGCUACUAAAUCAAUCAUUCGUUCUCAAUAAUCACAUCUAUCACUUCUAAACCCUAAUUUCACCGAUCGAUCGUCUUCUCAUCACCUUCGCUGCGUCCAAUAGCGUUAGCUUGAAGCUGUGGAUGCUUGAGCUGUCAUAAAUAUGACAACCUGUGCGAACAUCCGUUUGAUCGCAUACUCAAACGAGCUUGUAAAUGGAGAAACGGUUUAUAUCUCUUCAAAUUGUCUCCCAAUAAAGGCUUCGCACUUUGAACCCGCUGGACAUUCCUUUCAUGCUGUUGCACUUAAGCUUCGUGGCUAUUACGAAGAAGAAAAUGUCGCUGAUGAUAACGAGAAUUUUCCAAAAGACAAAGAAACCGAGUAUAUGCAAUCAUCGGAUUCGUAUAGCAGCAAGGGUAAAAAGAAGUCUGGUGACAAGGCGGCUCAACAAGAUCAUUAUGCUUUAUUGGGUUUGGGUCAUUUAAGGUAUCUUGCAACCGAGGAUCAAAUCAGAAAAAGUUAUCGUGAAACUGCUUUAAAACAUCAUCCCGACAAACAGGCGGCACUUCUUCUAGGGGAAGAAACUGAAGCUGCUAAACAGGCGAAAAAAGACGAAAUCGAAAAUCGGUUUAAAGCCAUUCAAGAAGCGUAUGAAGUUUUAAUGGACCCCACAAGAAGAAGAAUUUACGACUCCACGGAUGAGUUUGACGAUGAGAUUCCGACCGAUUGUUCACCGCAAGACUUUUUCAAGGUGUUUGGACCCGCUUUUAUGAGAAACGGGCGGUGGUCAGUUAGUCAACCGAUCCCUACACUCGGAGAUGACAACACCUCACUUAAAGAAGUCGAUGCGUUUUACGAUUUUUGGUUUGCGUUUAAAAGUUGGAGAGAAUUCCCACAUGAAGAUGAGUACGAUCUUGAACAAGCGGAAUCACGUGACCAUAAACGAUGGAUGGAAAGACAAAACGCAAAGCUUUCAGAAAAGGCGAGAAAGGAAGAACAUGCGAGAAUUCGUUCGUUAGUAGACAACGCUUAUAAACGGGACCCACGGAUUCUAAGAAGGAAAGAAACGUUAAAGGCCGAAAAACAGAAGAAAAAAGAAGCCAAAUUUAUGGCAAAGAAACUACAAGAGGAAGAAGCUGCAAAAAUUGCCGAAGAAAAUAGACGAAAGAAAGAAGAAGAGGAUAAACUGGCCGCUGAAGCUGCGUCAAGUCAAAAGAAAUUAAAAGAGAAAGAAAAGAAGUUAUUGCGUAAAGAACGAACACGUCUACGAACUAUUUCAACCACUGUCGUGACGAACAGUUUGCUUAACCUUAGCCAGGAUGAUGUCGAAAAUAUAUGUAUGUCACUUGAUAUGUUACAGUUACGAAGCUUAUGUGACGAUAUGGAACAAAAAGAAGGUGAUAGUCAAAGUCAGGCUGAGCUUUUAAAGCAUGCUGUUAACGCGGACCAUAUUCAGAAAGAUGGUGUGGUUAAAGUUAACGACAGCCAACAAAACGGGUCUGUAAAAGUCAAAGUCAACGGAAGCGUUACGAAAAGUAAUUUCGAGAAAAAAGAGAAACCUUGGGGGAAAGAAGAGAUUGAGCUUUUGAGGAAAGGAAUUGCGAAGUAUCCGAAAGGAACUUCUAGACGAUGGGAAGUGAUAUCCGAGUAUAUAGGCACGGGUCGAUCCGUUGAGGAAAUUUUAAAAGCAACAAAAACCGUAUUGUUACAAAAACCCGAUUCUGCUAAAGCUUUUGAUUCGUUUCUUGAAAAACGAAAACCGGCGGUUACCAUUUCAUCUCCUCUUACAACUCGGGAAGAGGUAGUGGGGGUUUCGUCUACAUCUACGUCUACGUCUACACCCACUCGACCCGAUGUAACUCAACCGAAACCAAACCAAGAUGUAGACAAAGUAGAACCGGUUGGUUCAAGUUCAGACCAGGAUGUAUGGUCUUCUGUACAGGAAACGGCACUGGUUCAAGCUUUAAAGACGUUCCCAAAAGAAACCAACCAGCGAUGGGAACGAGUUGCUGCUGCUGUUCCGGGGAAAACGGUUAACCAAUGCAAGAAGCAGUUUGCAUUGCUCAAGGAGAGAUUUAGAAACACGAAAAAGUAAUCGGACCACCUACGUAUUCAUCGUUUUUCCCGCUAGUCGAGCUCUGAAGCAUCAUAUAAUGAAGAAGCAUCAUCAGUUAGCUGUUUUAGUGCUGCUGAAGCUUUAUUUAUAUGAAAUUGGGUACACUGUUUAUGAGUAAGAUUAAACACAUGUCAUAAGUAUGCUACCAUAUUCUUUACUCACCUAUGAAAAACCCUUUUGGGAUACAAAUAUAUGUCAAGUUUCUUUACCUUUCUUUUGUUUUUAA